AUGACUCAACGGCGAAGAGAGGAGGAGGCGAAGGAGCUUAAAGAGGAAGUGAGGAGAAAGCUUUUUGGCAUCGCAGAAGAUCCAAAGGAAAGGCUUGUACUAAUUGAUGUUGUGGAGCAACUUGGGGUUGCAUAUCACUUUGAAGAUGAAAUUGAAGCCAACUUACAACAUUUUAACAAGACUUGUUCACAAAAUGAUGUUUCUUUUGAGGACGAUCUUCACUAUGUUUCUCUUAAAUUUCGUCUCUUGGCAACAUGGAUUUUAUUUACCACUUACAAGUACGAUUAUAUGUUUAAUGAUAAAAUAGAUCUAUUCAACAAGUUUAAGACCGAGGAUGGGAACUUCAACGACUCCUUGACAACGGAUGUAGUGAGCAUACUUAACUUGUAUGAAGCCUCAUAUCUUAGGGUCCAUGGAGAAAAGAUCCUCGACGAGGCGAUUGAAUUUACAACAACUAAGCUUAAAUCAGUGGUUGAUCAACUAAGUGAUCCCUUAGCAACUCAAGUUACUCAAGCCCUCAAGUUACCUCUCCACAAAGGUGUCACUAGGCUAUUGUCUCGACACUAUAUAUCUACAUAUGAAGCUGAUCCUUUACACGAUGAAAUUCUACUCAAAUUUGCGAAAUUAGAUUUCAAUCUGCUCCAAACGUUACACUUGAAAGAACUUCAAGACCUCUCUAGGUGGUGGAGAGACCUCAACUUUGGAACAAAAUUACCCUUUGCAAGAGAUAGAAUUGCGGAAGUAUAUUUUUGGAUGUUGGGAACUUUCUAUGAACCUCAAUAUGCAAUAGGUAGAGAAAUAUUUACGAAAUUGUAUAAGAUGACUUCGGUUAUGGAUGAUACGUAUGAUGCUUAUGGGUUCUUUGAAGAACUAAAAAUGUACACUGAGGCUGUCCAAAGGUGGGACAAAAGCAGCAUGGACCAACUUCCUGACUACAUGAAGCUUACUUAUGAGGCUCUCCUUGAUACUUUUAAUGGAUUUGAACAAGCUUUAGCCGAAGAAGGAAGAUCAGAGCUCGUUCCUUAUGUUCGAGAAUUGAUGAAAGCUCAAUGUCAAGGGUACUUUCAAGAGGCAAAGUGGUGCCACGAAAAAUAUGUUCCAACAUACGACGAAUAUCUCAAUGAUGCUGCCAUUAGAACGGCUGGCUACACCCUGAUGUCUGGGACAACUUUCUUAGGGAUGGGAGAUUUGGCAACGAAAGCAGCCUUCGAAUGGGUAAGCCAAACCCCGAAACCUGUCAAGGCUUCAUGUAUGAUUGGAAGGCUCAUAGGUGACAUGGCUAGUUAUAAGAUUGAGCGAAAAAGAGAUCAUGUAGCAUCCGUUGUAGAAUGUUACAUGAAGCAAUUUAGAGUCACAGAGGAAAUCGCCUUGGAAGAGCUUCAUAAUGUAGUGGAGGAUGCAUGGAAGGACCUAAAUGAAGAGAUGCUUAGGCCAACAACACUUCCAAGGCCAUUAAUGAAUCGAAUCCUCGACCUUUCAAGAGUCAUUGAGGUUUUCUACCGGCUUGGUGAGGAUGAUUACUCGAUUGUAAGCAAAAAUAUGCAAGAAAAAGUUCAAUUGGUUCUCAUUGAUCCUGUCAAUGUUUAAUUUAUUUAAGCUUACAGUUGCGUUGGUUUAUGUAAUAGGUCGAUCAGGUUAUGUAUGCCAAUAAGACCUUUCAAGUUAUUUUCGUUGUUGGCUUUUCUAUAGAAAAUGUUGUUUUUAUUUGUUUUCACUUGAAUUUUUAAUUUAAUUGUUUGUAAUUUUUUACAAGUCGGUGAUGCAUAUUACUUGUAUAAGUUUUUUACAAUAUUUUACCUUUUUCUUAAAUAACAUUUUACCUUUUAUUAGUAAUUUCUCAAAAUAUAAUUUUUAUUAGUAGUUUAUCUCAGAAUAUGAGUUUUAUUAGGUAGUUCUUAAAAAAAAUCCAAAAAUAAAUUAUAAACACAAAUUUUGGGUUAUUAGCUAACUUUGAAUGACCU